UAUGGAAGUUUGUUAAGGCACCAAGUGCACACACAGUCAUUGUUGUCGUCCGUGGGGAAACCUUGAUCACAGAUAAUGCAUCGUUUGUAAAUCAAUCGAUGAAUAGAUCCACGACGUCGCAAAGUCCAAGCCGGGAAUCCGGUCAUAUUGUCAUUUCUACCACCCGCCUCUGCGUCACCAUGAUUUUCUUCUUCACCAUUGCCCUGUCCAACGUUACCACGAUCCUCACCUUCACCAUCGUUCUGCCCAUUGUUACCAUUUUGAACAUCAACUUCUUCAGCUGGUGCAGCCACUUCAUUACCUUCUUGUGCCGUCGAAUUUACCUCGAUGCCUUCAUUACUGGCUUGACCAUUGUCGUUCAUCGCUACAUUAUUUUCGUUUUGCGCUGGCUGCGGAACAUUGUACGGCAUUGUGCUGCGGAAUUGUAUUCGGCGCUUGCAAUUGGGGCAAAAUGGACCACGGAUUUUAGUUUAAAUACUUACCCAAUCAACCAAGGACGAAUACAUGUGUGGUGGAAAAUGUGCCCACAAGGAGUAAUUCGAACAUCACGGCCGUCGACAUCAACUGAUAUUAAUUCCAGACAAAUUGUGCACAAAUCGUCAGCCAUCGCACUUAAAUAUACGUACACUUCCUAUCUUUAUCUUGUAUAUAUUUUUUCUAAUAUUUUUAUACUUAAAUUCCACUCAAUUUUCCAGUUUUAGGUAUUUGUUGCAAAUAAGUACUAUCGAUCAACGAGAUAGACUGUUCAACUAUUAACCAUGAACUGUCAUAAUGCAUACAGCAUUUGUCAACGACAUAAACUGUAAAUCGCGCGCCUUUAUUCUUUCUACUUUUGUGACAGCUCCGGUUCAAAUAUCAUUUGCAUGGCAAAAUUUGGCGCCGAAACAGCACAUCAUCAUGGAUAGAACCCAUCGAUCUACCGUUUACUACAGCAAUUUGAAGAAAAUGUGGAAGGAAAUUUUAAAUCUCGGCAAUAUUGAUUGUGUGGUACGUUUGGACGUUCUGACGGAUGAACAAAUUGCUCAUUUGUGUCGACCAAAUCGAAUUGGAAAACCACCCCGAAACAAGCGACUUAAUUUGCUACAAAAUGAGCCAACUGGACAAAUUGCACAACAAAGUCAAAACGAAAUCGCAGAUGAUCAUCAAAUGGCAAUGAAUGCAGAUUCAACAAAUAUUGUGGUUCCGCAACCUGCUGCGUUUAUCGAAAUUGAAACUGGUGAAGAUGAUUUGCGUGCCCAGCAAAUAAAAGACGAACACAACUAUAGCAAACGUCGCUGAAAGAAAAUAAACAUUGCAACUAUGUAUACAC